AUCCCUUGCCGCGUAUCCUUUCUUCCGUUCUCAUCAUCGUAAUCGCCAUCGCCGUAUUCUUCUCCUUCUCCUUCUCCUUCUCCUCCUCUUUCUUCUUUAACCAUUACUAUCGCCACCGCCAUUGCCAACGCCACGCUUUCCUUCUUUCUGUCCCGUUCGUCCACUGCCACUAUCAGCUUGCUAUCUAGACUCAAUUAGCUUAAUUUCUCCCCCUUUUUUACGCCACCAUUUUCAUCCUGCCUGACCACUUACUUGAAUCGGGAUAAUCCUAUACCCUUCUCAUUGAACAGCACUUCACACACAUGGGAAUCUUCAACAAACCGCUCUUGCCAGCACACUACGAGAACGAGGAUGUCCAGAUCAGCGCAGAACUAUGUCCCAACAUUGCCAUCAACGUUGUUGGUCUUGCCAAGGGCGAAAUCACGAUUCUCAGCGGACAUGAGGACAUGAUCCAGAUCAAGACGAGUGUCCAGGCCAAGGAGGCGAUCAUCAAGAACGCAGCAGCACUAGAGCCCAUCCAGGACGGCAACCAAUACACCUACACGAUCCACACGCCGCUGGAGGAGAAGCUGGAGAAAGCCGUUACGUUCCAGGUGUUCGUCACAAUCCCACGCCAUCUCGAUAGUCUGGAGUCGUUCACGAUCGAGGGAGUCAACGUCGAGCUGGCGAUCGGGAACAUCAGCCAUACCUUCAUCCGGCACUUGACCAUCACGACCGGCCGGGGAGACAUCUCGAUCGACAACUUUUACGGAGAAAUUGCCACCAUCACAAAUACCAUCAGCGGCGGCAUUAGGGGCAAGUACAGCGUCGCGCGGCUAUUCGCCAUCGCCAAGUCCGGUCGCAUCAGCGCAGAUGCAAAGCUGCUUAACACGGACGACCAAGUACCCUCACCCAAAGUUAUCUGUUCGACCACCAACUUCCGAAUCGACCUCAACGUGGAUGGCACCGACCUCUUUGGCCCGUUUACAGUCGAGGCCAAGACCCAGUGCUCACCCUUGGAAGCCAAAGUGCUCCUUGCGAGUAAAGACCAGAAAGUUCUCGGCAACUUUAUCAACUUUGGUGGCGCGACCCGGAUCCGUCUAUCAGGCAACUACCAGGGCAGGAUCGAGACGAGAACGCAUUAUGGAAAGAUCUACCUGGAGGAACCAGAGUUCAUCAGACUAGAGGGAGCGACCUUGACGUUACCUUCAUUGAGUGACCGGACUGUUCCGACUCUGACUCCGUUUCCUCAGGGGCACCAACCGCGGGCUACAAAUGGUACAAAGUCAUCGUCGUCAGCAGUAUCUCAUCACUCGAAUGUGAUCUCCUCUAGGACAUCGUCUCACGGGACAGCCAUGUCCUGGGGAGAGGAGCAGUCUCCUACGCAGGUCCCGCAUAAUGGACACGUUCAACAGCCGCCGUCGCCUAAAUCUAUGAAUGGGUCGGUACAUGGCUCGAAAGCAGAGUCUACGGACGAGUCUUUGGCAGACGCUCGGUCGGUGUCGGGGCAUUCGUGGUCAGAAAAGCAGAGGAAGAAGGAAGAGGAAAAGGACUCGGUGAUUACACGGGAAAUGAUCGGCGUCAUUGGCGAGGGACCUGGAUUGAUCAUGGCCAAGAACAGCAGCGGGGACAUCUUUCUCGAGUUGAUUUAGACAAACAUUCGUCCUGUACAUUUCUUCCUUCCCUUCAUAGACCACCCUAAUAUCCAUUUUAAUACAUAUAGCGCAUUGAGUGUUGGC